AUGGAGAACCAAUAUUCAUACAUCAAACAUCUUUUUAUCGUAACAGUCAAAGUUCGAUUUGCCGCAUUGAACUUCCAACCUCCCGACAAUGGUCAUCGUUCCAUAGAUAAACGAAAUGUUAAACGGCUUCUCGGUAUUUACCGUCUGGAGGGCUGCCAUCGAGAAGAUCCCGCCAAUAAAAUCUCUGCAUUCGCCCCAUACGAGUCAGAGCUUUCUAAUGAUGUCGUGCUGCGAUGUAGGGAGUCGCACGAGAUACCAUUGAUUGAGUUUCCGUCUAGAUCUAUUGAUUGCAUCUACGGACACCACCGCAUUCUCGCAGCGCAAGAAUUCUUUCCUGCAACGGAACAAUGGUGGGUAGUAGAUCUCUACCGAAGUCAUCCACAUUCAUUUGGUGUUAAACUACGCAAACAUUUCCAAAACGAAUACUCAAACGCUUUAAAUAUCUCAGAUGGAGAGAUAUACCGAAACCUUAGGUUACAAAUGAUUGGCGGUGAUAAGAAAGAAGAGGACCGUUGGUGGGCCCGAUUAUCCAAGUCCAAGCGUAGAGAUGUUAAGGCCCUGAUAAGCCGACAAUCACUUUGUCAGGCCUUCGAUUCCGUACUAUCAUUACCGGGGCUUUGGGCAGGCCUCCAAUUCGGAGUCUUACAGCGUAUCUUAAGGUUGAAUUGUGAUGAAGAAAUUGUAGAAUAUAUUGGGAAAAUACGCACCGUCUGGGAGGGCCUGCUUAAUCAUAGUCCGACAUCGAUCGCUGCUCUAGAUUCCGAGUCUGUUCAAAGUCUAGAACUCCGAGCCCCUGGUAUUGUCGCCGAGGACAACUCGUAUGUACAAAGGGCAAUGGACAAUGGCGAACUCUUUUACAUGAUUAAAGACAUCGCAAUAAGAAGGGCAAUCAAAACGGGUCUACUAAAAUUCUGUGGAAUAUUGCCUUCACUGAGAACCCUUUUCGAAGAUACAAAAUAUCUUGACGCCUGCGUUAGAGGUAUGCGGCUGCUAGUCCAACCGAAAAAGGGCCUCACCAUCCGCAAAGCAUUGGAACUUGCUUUCAUACCUGACCAAGGGCCAGCUCUCCUCCAAGUUGAUCAAAAUCAAGUCCUUGCCACAGACCUACCGUCGAACCGAAGCAGGUUCCUUUACGCUUAUCAGCAACUAUGGCUUUUUAAUAUGCGGCACUUCCCUGAUUUAUCAGGUAUCGAACCUCGAAAGGAAAAUGGUCGUCCGAAGCCUAUCCCUAAACCGAGCAACAUAAUUGUUGUAUAUCAACUCAAGAGGCUAGCCGCCAAGCUCGGAUUCCAGAACUCUAUAAUAUUGCAAACAGAACAGCAGGACCCUCUCCACCAGUGCGUCCAAGAACUUUUGCACAAGGUCUGGCCGCAAGACGCUACAGAUAGUAUGAGCCAGCUAGAAAACUCUAUCAUCAGCUUGUUACACAAGUAUACCCCAGUUUCCGCUACCGGGCACGUCCGGAAAGUUUGUGAUGAAAGUAUUGAGAGGAGAUGCGGGAGGCCAUAUGAACUCGCGCAUUUGUAUGAUAGUCGCUACACUUUCGAUCCAGACUUUUUCUUGUCGUCGCACGGGGAUGUUUUGACUUCUCUUGAAGUCAAAAAACACUUUUUUUGUUAUUUUUUCUCAGAUCGUGGUUUAAACAUCAACCGGCCAGAAUCGAUAUAUAGCUCCAAUCAUGUACUGUCUGCUUAUGCAAGGAGUUGGUCGGAUAGCACUUGCAUGGCUGGAGUCCGGAACACGGAGGAAGAUAAUUUAGAAGGAAGGCAUGUGGUGGCUAGUACGGAAGGAAAUUUUGUAAGAGGGGAGCAUACGGCGUCGGCAUCCGAAAUCGAAUUAGCAGAUCAGAUAAUUGACGACUAUCAAGCCCUGGGCGACACUGGGACAACCUUUGGACCAUUAUUAGGGACCUAUUUACAGAGGAUAAUGGCCUCAUCGUAUUUGAUGAACAAAUGCGAACCCUUCAAAUCAGUCAUAACGAUCCACCUAGUUGGUGCCUCGGCACCAAUUUUCCUCGAAAGGUUCUGA